AUGUCGCUAAAAGGUGUCUGUAUCCUGUUGUUCCCAACGCUGGCCCAGCUUGCCAGGGUUACGAAGUCCUUUCCGGAGGGAGCACCCCAGGCUCCAACAGACGAGCAGUCGCGCCUAAAGAUGGCAAGGGGCUGGCUUCCAGAUGACGGCGCACAGUUGUGCGGAGCGAACAAGUUCCCCGAGAUUCUUCAGCAGGUGGUUUGCGUGGAGAAGUCUUACUACCCUUUCUACAGGAGGGACGGCUUAAACUGGGAGAAACCACCGUCUGUCAAGAAAGCCAUGGAGCUCUGCAAGGCGGUGGACUUUGACGCGGAUGUGGCCUUGAAGCGUUCUGAGUGCUUGGUUCGAGCGUGGUCCUCCGGAGACGCUGCGAAAGCUGGUUGUCUCACCGAGCCUCUUGAGGUGAUCUCGAACUACACAGACUGCAUCACCAGUGUGAAGGGAUGGCUUGGCGAGGAUGGAGUUGACCUGUGUCUCAAGCGACAGUUCGCGACCGCUUCUAGGCAGGCGGCGUGCCUGGAGAAGUCGUACUAG